GGGGAUAACGAUCAACCCUCGUGAACUUAUAACUAGGCCCAGCGGUGGCUCGGACGGUUUAGUUUGGUUUUAGUUGCCGUCGAGGGUACACGUACUCACAAACACAACACCGCAUAUACACACAUUCGUCGCGUUACAGUACGAUACACGAGCCAGAAAUAUGUGUUGAUAUUUUUGCCGAUCGCCACAGUAGUUAGUUCAGUAACGCACGGCCGAAGUUGGCCGACAGUGAAAUACACGAGAGUCGCGAAUAUAUUGUAUUAUUUAUUGCACUACGCACAGUGAGAAUUAUAAAAUAUACUCGGUGCUUCGAUUUUUGGUAUCGUAUUGGUGUUAUUUUCGCUGCUGCUGCUAUUCCGUUGAAGGUGAAAAAAAAAAUUGCACAUCGACUCUCUCUCUCUCUCACGUGUGUGUGUUGGUGAAGUGAUAUAGCGAAUUUUGAUUUUGCGCAAUUUUGGCACCGAUCGAAGACUCGGUGAUACGCUCAGCUUCGUCGCUUUAUUUUUCAAGAAAAAAGAAAAGCAGACAGAGCCGGUAAACUUUCCCCGUUCUAUCGUCACCUAUCUCUGUCGCAUCGACAUGCUGCACCACCUGCAGAACGCCGAGCGGUACAGCACGUACUGCAACAGCGAGGGCGGAUUCGACGAGAUGGAGAGCUCCUCGGACUCGGGCUUCGAUCACAGCUACGAGAAGAACAUCAUCAACAACAACAACAACAACAACAAUAACAACAACAACAACAACAAUCACGAGCUGGUGUUCACGAUCAAGGAGGAAAAGCGCGGCAACGGCAAAAAGACACGCAACGCCCGCUGCAAGAGUCCGACCCAGUUGCAACGCAUCAAGCGCACCCGUCGCAUGAAGGCGAACGACCGCGAGCGCCAUCGCAUGCACACUCUGAACGACGCCCUGGAGCGUCUCAGGCUGACCCUGCCCACCUUCCCGCAGGACACCAAGCUCACGAAGAUCGAGACGCUGCGCUUCGCGCACAGCUACAUCUGGGCGCUGCAGAACACGCUGUCGGGCCAGGCGCCGCCCGGCGAGGAGAUCACCCUGAGCGUGGGCGAGAUGACGGUGAGCAUCGGCGAGGCCGGCAACAUGAUCACCUCGAGCGUGGGCAGCUGCCAGCAGGCGCUGCAGAAGCGAAUGGGAGCGUCGCCGACCGCGGCCCCCAUCGGCACGGGUGGUAUAUACUUGCCGACGCUGCCGGUCACCCAGCAGAUCGAUUGGCCUCAGCCGCCUCAGCAGCAGCAGAGGCAGCGGCAGACCGAGUACGACUGCUACGCCAGUGACCAGAGCGUCAGUCCGCACAUGCCACUGCAGCAACAGCCACAGACUCAUCAGUUUCAACAGCAGCAGCAGAUGAGUCCCCCGAUGGUCCAGCAGCAGCAGAUGAGUCCCCCAAUGGUCCAGCAGCAACAAAUGAGUCCCCCAAUGGUCCAGCAGCAGCAGCAGCUACAUCUUAUGACGCAGAUGCAGCAGGCUCCGCCGACGAAUCAGUUGGCUUACAGCCCCGAGGGUCAGUGCUACGACCAGAGGAUGUAUUACGAUCAGGACGAUGUUUUUCACUGUCUGUAGAUCUUUAUCGAUAUCGGUAUCGCUAGCGUAAUUAUUAUUUUUUUAUCAUUUCUUACGGCUGAUUCUCCCCUCCGUGUAUAUAUUAUAUAGAUAAUUACGAGAGGAUCGGUUUGUAAAACUUUAGAUUAUACAAAAAUGUAUAUUUAUUGAAACAUUGAGAUACAUCUGGAUGCCUUUUAAAAACGAGAGAGACGAGAGACAAUAAAUGUAUGGGAUGAUGGGCGCCCGGGCUAGGCGUCGAUAAGUGUAAUAUUUUCUUAAACCGUGUAUAUGUACAUAUUUCGCGGCGUGCAUCGAUGUAUCGAUUAGUAAGGCCUAUUUUUGAUAAAAUAUUUUAGAGUCAGGUAAAAAAAACAAAGAUUGUGUGUGUGUGUGUGUGUCUGUUUGUGUGUGCAGGGUGAGCGCGUAUCUCGCGAACGUAUCGAUUUUUUUGUUCCUUUAUCUUCUAUUUUUUUUUUUUUUUUUCGUGCCAACCAGGUCGAUAAUCUAUUCAAUCAGAAGGAGCUGCACACCUUCUAUCGCAGACAACAGAUACGAAAAUUUCGUAGUUAAGCAUUUUUGAGCAAAGUUUAUCGUAGGAUUUAAGCCGAGAAAAAAAUGAAAAACUCUAUUUUUUGAAUAAAGAAAAGAAAGAAUAAGAAAAGGAUCGGAUGUCGAUG